CUGUGUCGGGUUGGGUUUUGUGAGAUACCUAGAGGGAGAGAAUCAGAAAGUAUUAUCUAAUUAUACUUCAAAAAGCUUCUAUUUACGAAUUUCAUAAAAAGAGGUGGCUUGCAUUCGAGAUGAGAUGAAUAAACCAGGGCUAAUGUCUUCUAAGAAGGAUGACAGCUUUUGUCAAAGAAUCAAGUACCUUACUUUUCACCGUUAAUUAGUAGCAAUUGGUGCCGUGUUACUGCAACUACUGCGAGACCAGGCCCUUUCGAUCUGAGGGGGAAAUCUCGAUGACAAUGCUGAAUCAUCAUUCAGAAGAAGCAAAUAUCAAAAUGAAGUAGAAAUUCAAAAAGAAAAAAGACAGUGGAGGAAUCAGAAUCUCCUUUGUACUUUCUUCCGUCAGAUUCAGGCUACUGCCAGAAAGGCGUUAGAAUCCGCAACUGGAAGAACUAAAGCUCGUUCUUAUAGGAGAAAAAUAUCUAAAUAUGAAGUUACUUAAGAAAGUUUCUUUCGCGUACACGGUGAAUGAAUGCGCCGGCUUUUCUUUGUAAUAAUAGUCAUGUUCGAUUACUGAAAAUUCUCUAGUUUUAUUAAUGGUGUAACUUAUUCUUUUUGAUUUAAUUUUCAAAAUAAGCCUAAAUCAUUUACUAUAUUUUCUAGUUUCAUUUCAAAAAAGUUAAAGAUUGUGUCCUACUCGCGACUCAACCUGCCUUCUUCCCAGAACCAUCAACACGGUAGGGUCACGCGUAAAUUAUGGCUUCUACAAUAUUACCGGAUUUUGUUCAGGAAACAGUGCAAGAAGAUUUAAAUCGCUCUUUAACAUCUAAAUCUGAAUCGGAUUCGUAUGCUGCGAAUGAUAAUGGGGUUCAAAAUGAUGGUGAUGUCGAAUCUUCUGAACGUGAAAUUCCCUCUUCACACAACGAGCAAGAGGCUUCUGUUGCUCAGCCAACAUCUGAUCAUCGUGUUAGCAUUAUUCAACGCAAGCUGAAUGGCUAUGUAGGAUUUUCUACUUUGCCAAACCAAUGGCACCGCCGAUGCGUUCGCCAGGGCUUUGUUUUUAACCUAAUGGUUUUGGGAGAAAGCGGUAGCGGAAAGUCGACGCUCGUGAAUACCCUACUUAAUAGAGAUGUCCAUAAAUUGGGCUCACAACCUCUUUCAAGCGAGCAAGGAAUACUACCUGAAUCUACUGUUGAGAUUGUAAACGAUACUGUACAUAUAAUGGAAAAUGGAAUUAAUCUACAUAUGUCCGUGAUUGACACUCCCGGUUUUGGUGAUUUCGUCGACAACACUAACUGUUGGGAACCUAUAGUAAACGAUAUUGAGGGCCGAUACAACGAAUACCUUGACUUUGAAAAGCGAUUACCCAAAUCUUCUAUUAAGGAUCCACGAAUUCAUGCUUGUAUAUUCUUCAUCCAGCCCACUGGCCAUGCUAUGAGCGUCAUGGAGCUUCAGGUUUUGUUAGCUCUUCAUGAGAAAGUGAACAUUAUUCCCGUGAUUGCUAAAGCCGAUACCCUUACCGAUGAGGAAAUAAACUUAUCAAAGGAAAUAGUUUUACGAGAUAUUCAGCAACAUAAUAUUCGUAUAUUUGUCCCUUCUACAUAUCCCAUGGAUGAUCCCGAGUCUGUGGCAGAAAACGCAGAGAUAAUGAGUCGUAUUCCUUUUGCUAUUAUCGCCUCAAACUCUUUUGUUGUCAACAACGAUGGUCGCAGAGUUCGUGCUAGAAAGUAUCCAUGGGGUAUAGUAGAAAUAGAUAAUGAGGACCACUCUGAUUUCCCAAAACUUAGAGAGAUGCUUAUUCGUACGCACUUGGAGGAAUUAAAGGAUCGCACCAAUGACCUUUAUGAAGCGUACCGAACUGAUCGUCUCAUUAAAAGUGGAAUUUCUCAAGAUCAUUCUGUUUUCCGUGAAGUAAAUCCUGCUGCCAAAUUAGAAGAAGAACGAGCUCUUCAUGAUGAAAAACUAAUGAAGAUGGAGGCCGAAAUGAAGGUGAUCUUCUCACAAAAGGUGAAAGAGAAGGAAGAUCGUUUGAACCAAUCUGAAAAGGAGUUACGUGUUCGUCACCGUGACAUGAAAGCGGCUUUGGAAAAACAAAAGGUAGACUUAAUGGAUCGUAAAAACCGUCUCACGCAGUCGAAAUCCAGUGAUCACGAAAAAUUUAAGAGAAAGUUUUUCAAAUGAGUUGCCUUUGCUUUUCUACUUCAUGACUUCUUCAUUCAUUUUAUGUUUUCCACUUACCAAAGUUUUUCUCCCUAUUAAUUUUUUUUUCCUACUUUGCAAAGGUUUUAAAUUGGCAAGAUAUAUGCUUUAUCUUCUGUAAUUGUACCAUUCUUUACUUAUUACUACUAGCUUUUUCAAUCAAACCCACACCUAACAGUCUUUGCUAUUUAUCAAAGCGCUUUCCAAUAAUUCAAUCUAACUGUUAUAUAGAAUUUACAUAACCCCUUAAUCUAUGCCUUUUAGACAU